AACUUGCACGCAACUUAAUAUAAAGUAGCAUUAGAGGAAUAUCGUCCAUAAAUACUAAAUAGUCCGAGACUAAUUAACGAAAUGCAGAGAGGCACCUUUAAGCCACAAUAAUAAUGGUUCUUCAAUUUGGAUUUCAUGUGAUGUUAAUAGUAUCCGCUAUACAUACACUGGCAUCUGCACAAUACGAAAACAAAAAUAGUCAUACAGCGCAGCCUGGCUGCAAUUCCACAUGUGGACGUGUUAGUAUCCCUUUCCCAUUUGGAAUGAACGAACCCAAAUGCUAUGCAGACCAGUGGUUCCAAAUAGAGUGCAGGAACCACACACCUUACCUGAAAUCUAUAGGAGUGGAGGUGUCGUCAAUUGAUGUAUCAGAAGGCACGAUUGUAAUCAAGAAUCUAAUUCACCGUUGGAAAUGCAAACACAACAACGCUACUACUAAUCAGAAGCAAGUGGUUAACCUGAGCGGAAGCCCCUUCGUGUAUUCGCAGGAAAACAACGUGUUUGUAUCAGUUGGAUGCAAUGAAAUCUCUUUCUUGGUUUCCAACGGGACGCAAGUUAGCAGCUGCGUUUCGAUUUGCAACGGCGACAAGGACGACUUCGACAGGAUCAUUCAUAUCGGCAAUUGCAACGGCCAAUACUGCUGCGUGACCUCCUUGCCUUCGUAUAUCUCGGAAUUCAACGUGACAACGGAGAGUUUCGGGAUCAACAAUAGUAAUCAUCGUCAUGCGAGUGCGAGUAGUGAUGAUGAGUGCAGUUAUGCGGCGAUUAUGAUAAAACAGUAUAGUUCCGGUUACUAUACCGGUUACAGUUGGGCUCAAGAUCUGACGGUUUUGGAGACCGUGCUGGCGUUGUUAGAAUGA